AUGUAUAUACCUAUUUUGUUGAAUGCACAAACGAAAAAAGAUGAAUCUUUAUUAUUAGGAUGUGGUUUAGGUGACAAUGGUGGCAAAGAUUCAGAUGGAAGACAAUGGAAUCCAGACAACAAAUACCUUUCAGGAGGAAAUUCAAUAACAUCAAAAGCCUCGUUUCAAGACCCUUCUCUUUUAUCAGAAAUUCCAUACAUGUCAGCGCGUGUUUUCACAUCAGAAUCAACCUACAAAUUCCCUAUUCUACCAAAUAAACGUUAUUGGUUAAGACUACAUUUUUAUCCUUCUGUUUACAACAAUUUGAACCCAUCGGAUUCGUAUUUUUCUGUAACGGCAAAUGGUGUUGCACUUCUCAACAAUUUUAGCUCAUCGAUUACAUGUCAAGCCUUAUCUCAAGCUUAUCUUGAUAGAGAAUAUUCACUUGCACCUUUGAAUUCAAAUGUUCUUAAUCUUACUUUUAAGCCUUCUGAUAAACACAAUGGUGCUUUUGCUUUUAUUAAUGGUAUUCAACUUAUUCAAAUGCCGGAUUUGUUGUUAGAUUCACCUUCAUUGGUCGGUUAUGAUGAUCAAACCAUGGAUGCUAAAAAUUUGCAUUUUCAAACAAUGUUUAGAUUAAAUGUUGGUGGGCAAUUUAUAUCUCCAGUUCAAGAUUCCGGUUUGAGUCGAACAUGGUACGAUGAUACGCCUUAUCUUUACGGUGCUUCCACUGGUAUUACAAAUCAAGCUGCUAAGGAUGUUAAAAUUGAUUAUCAAACUAUGCCUCAAUACAUUGCUCCUCAUGAUGUUUAUUCAACGUCAAGAUCAAUGGGAAAUAAUAAAGAUGUCAACAUGGGAUACAAUCUCACAUGGAUGUUUCAAGUUGAUCCGAAUUCAAUGUACUUAACCAGGUUGCAUUUUUGUGAUUACUUUUAUUCUAAAGUUAAUGAGAUUGUUUUCAAUGUCUUUGUCAACAAUCAAACGGCGCAGACUGGGGCGGAUGUUAUUGGUUGGACAGGCAGUAAAGGAGUGCCUACUUAUAAGGAUUAUGUGAUUUAUGUUCAAGAUCAGGCAGGUGAUGAUCAACUUUGGCUUGCAUUGCAUCCAUCGCCCGAUUCAAAGCCGGAAUAUUAUGAUGCUAUACUCAAUGGUGUUGAGAUAUUCAAACUCAAUGAUACUGAUUUGUCUGGACCAAAUCCUCAACCUUCUGAUAUGAUGAUUGAACAUGACAAUCAGGAAAAAACUUUUCAAAACAAAAAAAAUGGUCAUAAUAAGAGUUUUGUUAUUGGUGGUGCUGCCGGUGGUGCGGCAGGUUUUGCAAUUGUUGCUGCUAUAUGUGUUGCUGUUCAUCACAGGAAGAAGAGAGCACCAGGUUCAUACACAAACACCACAUCAAGUUGGUUGCCUCUCUAUGGAAAUUCUCACACAACCGGAACGAAAUCAACAGGAUCAGGGAAGAGUACUAUGGGCAGUGGUGCAAAUUUAGCCAUGGCUCAAGGACUGUGUCGAUAUUUCUCUUUACAAGAGAUGAAGCAAGCAACCAAGAAUUUUGAUGAGUCCAAUGUUAUUGGUGUAGGAGGGUUUGGAAAGGUUUACAAGGGUGUUAUUGAUAAUGGUGUUAAAGUGGCUAUUAAGAGAUCAAAUCCACAAUCAGAACAAGGAGUAAAUGAAUUUCAAACUGAAAUUGAGAUGCUUUCAAAGCUUAGACAUAAACAUUUAGUGUCUUUGAUUGGUUUUUGUGAGGAAGAUGAGGAAAUGUGUUUGGUUUAUGAUUACAUGGCUCAUGGAACCAUGAGGGAGCAUCUAUACAAAGGAAACAAACCAAUAGAUACUUUAUCAUGGAAGCAAAGGUUGGAGAUUUGCAUUGGUGCUGCAAGAGGUCUUCAUUACCUUCACACAGGUGCAAAGUACACUAUAAUUCAUAGAGAUGUGAAAACAACAAACAUUCUUCUAGAUGAAAAUUUUGUUGCAAAGGUUUCAGAUUUUGGAUUGUCGAAAACCGGUCCAAAUAUGAACCAGGGUCAUGUUAGUACAGUGGUAAAAGGUAGUUUUGGAUAUUUGGAUCCUGAAUAUUUUAGAAGACAACAAUUGACUGAAAAGUCUGAUGUUUACUCAUUCGGGGUUGUUCUAUUCGAGGCAUUGUGUUCAAGGCCUGCUUUAAAUCCUAGCCUUCAAAAGGAACAAGUUAGCCUUGCAGAUUGGGCUUUGCUAAACAAAAGGAAAGGAAAAUUGGAGGAUAUAAUUGAUCCAAAUCUUAAAGGAAAGAUCAACCCUGAAAGCUUGAACAAGUUUGCUGAUACAGCUGAAAAGUGUCUGUCUGAUCAUGGACUUGAUCGUCCCUCCAUGAAUGAUCUGUUGUGGAAUCUUGAAUUUGCUCUCAACCUUCAAGAAAAUCCUGAUGGUUCAACUCAUAAGAACACGUCACAUUUAAAUGAGAGUGAAUUUGAAGAGGUGAAUUUGUCACACAAUAAUGAAAUGGCAGCACAUUACAAAAACCUUAGCCUUGGAAGUGAGCAUGACCUUAGUCAUCAUGACUCAACUGAGAAUUCUGCUGCCAUUUUCUCUCAAAUUGUCAACCCGAAAGGGCGAUGA